GUCUAACCACCGCAUCGCGCGGUCAGUAGCAGUCGGAUUUGUGAUUCAGACGGAAAUCAUGGCGAGGUGGCCAUUAGCACGUCUGCGCGGAGAGAGGAAACUCGACUGUUGCCUGCUGCGAACCCAACACGCACGAGACGGACGACGUUUACCGUCACUGUGUCUCGUGUGCUUCCGCGGAGAGAUGCCCUUCCGUCCGUUCAUGCGGUGCCAUGAUACCGCCUCGAGUCGCGGAAUUUCUUGGUGUAAUCGCAACCGUCGAUAAGCUUAGACACUGACGGUCAUAAUUGCCUUUCGAAUCAGAUAUGUCAUUCCGUCCGUUCAAGCGGUGCCGUGAUACCGCCUCGAAUCGCGGCCGCUUCGUGCAAUCACCGUCGUCGACCAAGCUUGAAUACCGACGGUCACGAUUGCUCGGGGAGAUGGGUCUCCGCACCCCUUAUCAGCUGCCGCUGCUCGAGGCUUCAAAUAGGCCCGGCCCUGUGAGCGUCGUCGCAGAGCUCAUUGGUCGUUCGCGCGCACUGAGUGCAAUUCCUUCCCUUGUCGCCAUUCUUUGGCAUUUGUCGCUGCUCUGCCCCCACCGCUCCCCUGCCCUCACCGCCCGCCAUGGCUCGCCUUGUGCCUCUGCCGCCGCGUCUCCGUCUCGCGCUUCUCCUCGCGGCAGCCGUCGCUGCGUGCUCCCUGCUGCUCGUGCGCGUAUCGGGAGCGCCUCUAGCGGGCCCGUCGUGCGUGAGCGCCUUCCCCCGGCUGUGCAAGUUCGUGGACGACCUGCGGCCGUCCAUCCCCGAGCAGAUCGACGCGUCCACCGGCAAGCCCAUCCGCAUCGGCGCCUACCAGAUCCGCCAGAAGCUGCACCGCGACCUGCCGCCCACGAAGCUGUACGCGUAUGGGCGGAGUGCCAGCAGCGCGCAUUACCCGGGCCCCACGCUCGUGACGCGGCGAGGGGUGCCCUCGCAGGUGGUGUGGGAGAACCACCUCACGGACCGCCACCACAUGUUCCCGGUGGAUUACACCCUUGAGGACGUGCCUCGCCUGCUGCUGGGGGGAGUUCCCAUCGUGACCCACCGGCACGGGGGCGAGCAGCUGUCAUGCUCGGACGGCCAUCCCGAGGCGUGGUUCACGCGGCGCGGUGAGGUGGGGCGCGCCUUCAGCUCGCGGCGGUACAGCUACCCCAACCACCAGCUGCCCACCACGCUGUGGUACCACGACCACACCAUCGCCAUGACCCGCCUCAACGUGGCCGCCGGCCUCGCGGGCUUCUUCAUCCUCACCGACCCCAAAGGCGUGGAGAGGACCCUGGGGUGGCUGCCCUCUGGGGAGUUCUCGGUGCCGCUGGCACUGGCGGACCGCCGCUUCCACGCCAACGGGUCCAUUGACUACCCCACGGUGGGGGUGGUGCGGCGCGUGCACGCGCACUGGGUGCCGGAGUACAUUGGAGACACCAUCCUCGUCACCGGCAAGGUGUGGCCGUACCUGAAUGUGAGGAGGGCGCUCUACCGCUUCCGAGUGCUGGGAGCAGCCAAUGCACGCUUUUUCAACCUGCGCUUCGUGUGCACCACCAAGCGCAACUACCCGAACUUUGCUCCCCCUUUUACCGGAAAGAAGCUUCCAAUCAUUCAAAUCGGGUCCGACGGUGGGUACUUGCCCCGCCCCGUCAGCCGCACCUCUCUCCUGGUGGCCCCCGCUGAGCGCCACGACAUCCUCGUGGACUUCUCCGCGCUGCGCUCCUCCUGUGCUGACGUCAUCCUCACCAAUGACGCCCCUGCGCCCUUCCCUGCGGGCGAGGCUGUGACGAACGACACGGCUGUGGUCAUGCGCUUCAUUGUUGACUGGGAGGGCGAUGCUGUGCCCGCCCCGCGCAUUCCCAGGAGGCUCGUGUCGGUUCCCCCCAUCAACACCUCACAGGUGGUGCUGCAGCGCUGGAUCGCGGCCAUUGAGGAGUCGGACCCCGCCACGGGCGAGCCCAUCCGCCUCACCUUCGACCACCACGCCUUCAUGGGCCCGCCCACCGAGACCCCUAGGGAGGGCUCGGAGGAGCUGUGGCAUGUGAUCAACAUGACGCCCGACGCCCAUCCCAUCCACCUGCACCUCAUUCAGCACCGCCCCGUGUCGCGCCGCCCCUUCGACGUGGCGGCUUUCACCGGCGGCGCGUGCUCCUUCACCAAUGCGUCUCUGCCCUCCUGCUUCACCGGCAGGGAGCAGCGCGUGGCGGCAUAUGAGAGGGGCUGGAAGGACACCACCAUCCUGCCGCCCGGCCAUGUGCUCACACUCUGGACGCCCUGGUACUCCCAGGAUGGCACGCCCUUCCCCUUUGACGCAACACUUGGCCCGGGCUAUGUGUGGCACUGCCACAUCGUGGAGCACGAGGACAACGAGAUGAUGCGCCCACUCAUCCUCACCAACUGAGCGGCCGGCGCAAACCAUCAGCUUCUCGUCGCCAUGGUUGUCACCGCCUCUGCUGUGGCGCUGCUGAUCCGCCUGUUCCUCACUUCCAUGCUACCAUCCCAGUGUUCGCUUGCAAUAAAGCCUUGCCAUGGCAGGCAUGGCGAUGAGCCUUAGGUGAUGUAACGUACUGUACUUAGGCUGUGGAUGAAAGGGCAACAUUGUAAUGAACUAUGGAUAUCACAUCACGGGCAUUGUCUCAAGCAGUGCCUAUUUUUCACGAGUAAAUUACUCUGAUUCUCUGAAAAUCAGAGUUGGUUUUGCGUAC